AUACUUGCUGUGGUUUUUGCCAUCACAAAAACAAGAUCACCAGAUCUAAACUGGAAAAUGAGGGCUUUCUGGGUUUCGCCAAUGUUUCUUUUGCCUGGUGUAUCAUAUGUCAUUUACUCAACAUGGGCAAGUUUCAUAAGAAUAUGGGAUCGCAAAGAUCAGAAAACCCUCGAACGGUUACGUGCUGAGAGGCAGACAAAAAUUAAUGAACUUAAAGAGAGGACAAACUACUAUGCCACCCAACAACUCAUUCAGAGAUAUGAUCCUGAUCCAGCAGCAAAAGCUGCUGCUGCAACUGUUCUGGCAUCGAAGUUGGGUGCUGAUUCAGGCUUGAAUGUGUAUGUGGGGGAUGAAUCUAACCUGAAUCCGCCAUCAGGAAAAAGCAAUGAUAUUCAGCUAGUGCAGUCUAGUGGGCUCCGAAAUCGAAAACAGUCUCACACGAGAUCUAACAGUGCAGGGAGCAUUGUGAUGCAUCAAUCUGCUGGGGAAAUGACCCAUGACCUGGGGGUUGAUAGCUGUGAGUUUCCUGUGCAGAAUCAGGCUCUUGUUGUUGAACAUCAUCAGGGGUCAACUGCACAUGAUGGGGGAUGGAUUGCUCGUAUUGCAGCAUUGCUUGUGGGGGAAGAUCCAACACAGUCUUAUGCUCUUAUAUGUGGCAACUGCCAUAUGCACAAUGGGCUGGCCAGAAAAGAAGAUUUCCCCUAUGUCACUUAUUACUGUCCACAUUGCCAUGCAUUGAACAGAUCAGGACAACUGGAAGAGCAUGCUACUAACUUCAGCUCUGAUAAUGUGAGCUCCCCAAGUCCAAGUAAUGGUGAUGUGAUAGAUAACAGCAGUCACUUUGUGACAGAUAACAAUCUCAUUAGCGGAAGCUCCAUAACAGCUGUUGUGGAGACGAAGGAAAGCAGUGAGAUGAAAGUGGCUGAUCCAAUUUAGGGAAGAUAAAUUUAUUGUACUACUUUACAAAAUGGAUUUGUGUCGUCUACUAUCUAUUUUCUUUUCUUCCUUGAUCGGGAAGAAUCUUCUCUGCUGUGAUUGUGGGCACUUGUGUGGUUAUGGAUCUGAAAUCUUCUCAUACAAUGAUUGUAUAGAUGGCUUGCAUGGUUUUCA